AUGGCGUUGCGGAAGCAUUUCGAGGACCUCCUUGCGAAGAGGGAGCCGCCGAAGACAUUUUGUCCGAGUGAGGUGGCACGGGCUUUGAGUGAGGAUGAGUUGAGUGAGCUUGGGUACGAGGGGUGGAGAGAUGCUAUGGAAGAUGUGAGGGGGAUGGCGGAGGAGUGGAGGAAGGAGGGAAGGUGCGAGGUGUUGCAGAAGGGUGAGAUGGUUGAGGGGCCCAUUGGGGAGAUGAAGGGGCCCAUCCGGCUGAGGAGGAUAGAUCAUGGAGGGUAG